AUGUCUCCCGGCCGCUUAAGUUUCCUGGUUCUCAUAAUCAUUGCCUCGUCAGCCUGUACCAUCUACGGGGGCAGUGACGUGGACUUCCAGGUCAUCAACAACUCCCCGACCACCAAAGGCGGAGUCCGAUUCAUGCACGAAGUCGGACUCAACUAUACAAGGUAUAAAAUGGCGGUGGCCUCGCAGUUCAUAUGGCAGAACAUCUUUCACCAAUACAAGCCUUGCGACAGAAGAAACUACCAGCAGGUCAAGCUGUUCAUCAACGUCUUCAACGCCUCAAAAGUGGCCUACACGGGCAGCGGCGAGAUCUACUUCAGUGCUAACUACCUGGAGAAGUACCCCACCCGCUACCUGCGAAGGGAGUUCACAGGGAUAAUGUACCGCGAGAUGGCACGCGUGUGGCAAUGGAACGGCGACGGCCAGGCUAAUCCUGGGUUGAUAGACGGGAUAGCCAAUUACGUGCGCAUGAAGGCAAAUCUUGCACCGGUCGGUCAGUCAACCAAACCCAAGUGUGGUGGCAGAUGGGACCAGGGUGGGGACGUUACAGCCAGGUUUUUGGAUUACUGUGACAGCAUGAGGAAAGGGUUCGUAGCGGAUCUGAAUAUGAAGAUGAAGUAUAGCUACAGCGACAACUACUUUCAGCAGCUUCUAGGAAAGAGUGUGAAUCAGGUUUGGCGGCAGUAUAAGAAGAAGUACAACCGUGGCUAA